UCGUCUCCCUGGUAGUCACCUCUGCCCCCCUGACCCUCUCUCCACCAUGGGCAUCUUCAACAUCCUCUACCUCAUGGUCCGUCACCCCGACGAGAUCAGGUCAGUGGUGCACUACAAGAUCUGGCGUGACCCACUCAAUGUCAUCUCGGAGAAUCCCGAGACCAGCGGUUGGGACCGUCAGAACAUGAGGGACUGCUGGGGGUUGCUAGAUGCCACGUCUAGGAGCUUCGCCGCGGUAAUCAAGGAGCUCAAGGGAGAGUUGUGCAGAGUCGUCUGCAUCUUCUACCUUUCUCUACGCGCACUGGAUACCGUCGAAGAUGACAUGACACUUCCCGCUUCCAAGAAGAUCCCACUCCUCCUCGACUUCCACAAGAAGCUCUACACACCAGGCUGGAACUUCACAGAGUCCGGGCCAGACGAAAAGGACCGCCAACUCCUUGUGGAAUUCGACAAGGUCAUUACCGAGUUCCAAAUGCUCAAGCCAGGAUACCAGAAGGUCAUUGCCGACAUCACUGCCAAGAUGGGAGCGGGAAUGGCAUCGUACAUUGAAGCCUCGGACAAGACGCCCCUCAGCGUCAACACCUUUGGCGAUUGGGACCUCUACUGUCACUUUGUUGCCGGACUCGUCGGCGAGGGAGUCUCGCGCCUCUUUUCCGAGUCAGGUGUCGAACGUCCUUGGCUUGGUGACCAGCUUGACAUUGCCAACCACAUGGGUCUCUUCCUGCAGAAGGUCAACAUCAUCAGGGACUUUGCAGAGGACGCGGAAGAGUCUCGCUUCUUCUGGCCCAAGGAGGCCUGGGCCAAGUUUGGCUUUGAGUCUCAGCCAGACGUGGCAAAGGGAAUCGUUGAGACGUCUCCUGGCUCAAAGAAGUACAUUGCGCAGGGUGAAGACGGAGCUCGAGGAAUGGCAGUGCUCUCGACUGUGCUGCUGGACGCGAUGCGUCACGCUACACGCUCCUUAGACUACCUGGCUAUGCUGAGGGAACAGUCCAUCUUCAAUUUCUGCGCCAUCCCUCAGACAAUGGCCAUUGCAACCAUUGAGCUCAUGGUCAACAACCCCAAUGUUUUCCGCCGCAACGUCAAGAUCCGCAAGUCACAAGCAGUAGGACUCAUCAUCACCUCUGUCAACCCGAGAGACGUAGCCUAUCUGUUCCGCGACUUUGCCAAGAAGAUUGCCAAGAAGAUCCCCGUGUCAGACGUCAACUACAUUGCAUGGCAUGUAGAGUUGAACAAGAUUGAGCAGUGGUGCGAGCACUUCUACCCAUCUUUCAUCACGCCCUCUGCUUCGGCCAUGGGUCCCGCUCCCAAGCAGUCGGGCGACAUGCGCGCCGUGGCACUGGAGCGGUACGGCAGUAGUCGUCACCAUCUGGCGGUGCAGCGUGCAAAGGCCAAAGGCGUGAACCUCUUCUCUGCAGAGCGUCAAAGACAGCUACAAAUGGAGGGUAAAGAGGCUCUGGAUCCACGGUUGCAGUACAUGAGUGAAGAGGAGAUGAAGAGGUUGGAUAACAAGGAGAGGUCUGAGAUGCUCAAGUUCUUUGUCAUUAUCAUGUGCCUCAUGGCACUGGUCAUGGCCGUCGUCGCGCUUGCAGGGUGGUACAUUGCUUGGUACUUCUCCACCGACGAGACCGACCCAAUCACCAUACAAAUGAUCCGCUUCUACAGGUAUCUCCAAUCCCUCUUGGUCCAAUAUGGGCUUCUCAAUGCUCGACAUGCGCCAAGCUUGAGUAAGCAGGAGGCCCUUGUGCAGGCGGCGAAAGCUACUGGAAAGGCGUUCAAGAGCGAGGCGGUUGGCUGGGCGGGGGAGAAGAUUGGAGAGGUGAGGGAAAAGUUGGACCUUUGAGUGCAGUGGGAACUCGGGGAUGGGAGAGUGGAGGAGAAGCAGCACUCAGCUUGAGGAGGAAAGAGGGUCAACAGGAAGGAGUGACGAGUGUGGAGUGAGGAGCAAGGACUGGAGGAAGAGGCCGACGGGGGCGCAUGGAUCGUGUACCUUUCAACAACAUCAACAUCAUCAUCAUCCUCCUCCUCCUCUUCGGAAGUCACUCAGCCCAGCGCAUCUAGCUAAGCUGAGACCUGUUAGACUUCUCACCGGACGGAUCGCCUUGCCAAUCAAUUCAAGUUGUCAUGUCAUGUCAUGUCAUCAUCGUGAUCGUGACCCUGAGCAAUCCAGUCUGCUGCUGCUUAGCUCCCUUCCCUCCGUGUACUCAUUUCCCGUC